AUGGUUGUUGUAGAGCAGCUUCAGGGAAGAUCCCAUACAGGGGAAAAACCAUAUGUUUGUGAGGACUGUGGUGCUUGCUUUGCUGAUAAAGGCAAACUCACUGGCCACAAAAGGACGCACACGGGUGAGCGUCUCUUUAAGUGUGAUGUGUGUGGAAAACAUUUUGCCACCAAUGAAUAUUUAAAAUGCCAUAAACGAUGCCACAUGGGUGCUAAGCCGUACAAGUGCGAGGUUUGUGGGAAGACGUUUGGAUUGAGAGCCUCACUAGCUCAGCACAGUAAUGUCCACGCAGAGACCCGUCCGUAUUUCUGUGAGCAGUGUGGAAAAACAUUCACCCAGCAGGGCGCUCUCCGGCGCCAUCAGCGUAUUCACACUGGGGAGAAGCCCUACAAGUGCAGAGCAUGCGAGAGAACUUUCACAGACAUGUCCACCCUACGGAGACACGUGUCGAUUCAUGACCGAAACGCUCACUGGAGAAGCUUCUUAAUAGACCUUACGACCAAAAAAAACCACAACUGGUCCAAAAUAGAGACGUUCUCGGGAGCCUGUAUGGACGAGGGCUCGGUACCAGAAAUUUGGUCAGUUGACCGAGGUAAACUUUAUAAACCAGAAAGCGUCAUUCUUAAACAAGUACAGCAGGUGCCACCUAGCGUUAGCAGCGCAGAAGGCACCGACCGCUCCGUCCUGUGCCUGUAA